GUACCGAAAAAUCCACUUGAUUCCAUGUAAAACACGUCGCAUAUGAGUUGAACGAAUUACAUAGACGAUGGACGUGUAUGCGUGUGGGAGUGUGGAGAAAGCGCAUUCGCAUACAGCCAAACAUCAUGGCACAGUGUGCCCCCAUUGGAAUAUUUCACGGAUGAGAGAACACGGGCAUCAUUGCAAAAUCAGAGGCUAAAAAAUAAAUAAAUAAGUAAAUAAAACAUCAAACCGAAACAUGUUUUCAGCGAUUAAUGUAUACAUCGAACUGAACGCGCUCCUUUUUCCGAAUUAACCGCCGCUACAACGUUCGCUUGUUCGAGAUAUUUUUUUUUUCUCUCUCGCUAAAAGGAAAUUCCAUUUGUUUAUCAUAAUUUUUUUUCAGUGUUUUUAUGUUUGGUGUGAGACAAAGACUGCUUUGUCACGUUUCAAAAAGAAUAAAAAUUUGUUAAUUCCAUUAAAAAUAAAUCGACACAGUGCAAAUCAAAUCGGCAAUAGCUGCUUUUGAAAAAUCGCUCUCCUAAAACAGUGUGCGCAAUUUUAGUUGUAACAUUUAUCAUCAAAUUAGAGAAAGAAAGAGAAAAACGAGUAACGUGAACAUUUGUUUUUAUCUAUUGAUUCAACUGGCAACUAGUGUGAUAAAGUGCGUUAUUUUGUCUAUGUUAAUUUCAUCGUCGAUGAAUUCAAAUUGAUUUCAGCGAUUUGCGAAGAUUUAGAAUUAUGAUAGAGCAAAAGACGCUUUAUCCAAUGUUUGCGAUGGAUGUUAAACCAGCUAUUUCCGUCGAUUCGGUUUCACCAACAAUACCAGAAAUAUCAUCAUUGACCACAACAACUUUAACAUCAUGUAGCAACAGCAGCAACAUUAGUACGUAUAAUAAUGGUAAAACUGCAUUGGCACCCGAAGCAACAUUAUGUGGCUUGUGCUUUCAACCGAUAUACGAUCAGUAUAUAAUGCGAGUCGUUGAUACGUAUUAUCAUGAACGCUGUCUACAGUGCUGCUCGUGCUCCAAACGACUGAUGCACUCAUGUUUCUCUCGCAAUGGGAAAAUCUACUGUCGCAUUGAUUACGAAAGAAUUUAUUUAAAAAAUAACUGUUUGGGAUGCAAUAAGCGAAUCAAUUCGGAGGAAUUCGUUAUGCGAACAGCGAGCAAUGUGUUCCAUUUAAAGUGUUUCACAUGCGUCGUAUGCGGAUCACAAUUACAAAAAGGCGAACAAUACGUGGUGAAGCAGAGCCAAUUGUUUUGCAGAAACGACUAUGAGAAAGAAGUGGAGAUGCUAAAAGAUGAAUAUUUCUCAGAAGAUGUAUACACAUCGAAGAUAGAUGGUCGACGUGGACCAAAGCGACCGCGAACCAUUUUGAAUACACAACAACGAAGAGCUUUCAAAGCAUCAUUUGAUGUAUCGCCCAAGCCAUGUCGUAAGGUACGGGAAAAUCUAGCCAGAGAAACUGGAUUGAGUUUACGCAUUGUCCAGGUUUGGUUCCAAAAUCAGCGAGCCAAAGUGAAAAAAAUUCAGAAGAAACGGAAACAAGACGGUAAACUCGACACUGAAAAUGAUUCACAGGGUGAAAACAAUGCCGGCAAUGGAAAUGCUGCAAAAAGUAAUCAUGAAAGUGAUUCCGAUUCGUAUAGCAACGUCAAUCUUGAUGCUGAUCAAACGUUUCCAAUAAAAAAGGAGAAGGAAAAUUCGGAAGAUGGCAUCAAAUCAUUUGAACUCUGCGCAAAUUCACAUCAUUUUCCAGCCGAAAAUUUCAACGGAACCGACGACAUUCAAGACAAUGCCGUGAUGGGACUCGCCUAUUCGACAUUUCAACGCAUUUUGGGCAAUACACCGCAAGUUUUAAAUCCCAUCGAUCGUUUGUACUCAAUGCAAAACUACUAUUUCCGAUGCAAUAAUCGACAACCCAACGAACCGGACGAUAAUGAUGGAAUGUAAAUUUUGAACCUGUAUACACCAACAAAAAAAAAAAAUAACGAAGAUUUUUUUUUUGUAAAAUCAAUAGUGUGUUUUUACAGAAAAAAACAAGUGUUUAUCAUGUGACAAUUUACCAAAUCAUGAUAAUUUAAUAAAUAUUAAAUAAAAAGAAUUGUGUUGUAUUUUAACUCCCAAU